GUCCUCAUACGAAAGUGGUUCGUCGCAUUUUUACCAAUAGUCGGGAGAGGUGGAGACAGCAGAACGUCAACGGAGCCUUCGCAGAGCUUCGCAAGCUCAUCCCCACCCACCCACCGGACAAAAAACUGAGCAAGAAUGAGAUUUUGCGCCUGGCUAUGAAAUACAUCAACUUCCUGGCCAAGCUGCUCAAUGACCAGGAGGAAGAAGGAAACCAAAGGGGCAAAGUGAACAAAGACUCGGGGAUAGUCCAGGAAGACCUCCUGCAGGACAUGUUGUCUCCUAACUCUAGCUGUGGAAGUUCUUUAGACGGAGCAGCAAGCCCAGACAGCUUCACGGAAGAGCACGAACCACUCGAUUCGAAGCACACGCGGAGCCUGCACCAUGCCAUUCUCCCUGUAGAAGGCAAUGCGCAGCGGUGA